AUUGGGUACCAAAUCAUCGCUAUUGACUGUAUUGACAAUACAUACUAUAUGUACGACAAACGGUGCCGAUCAUCGGGCAUCGGGUGCGUACAUCAUGCGUACCGAUGGCCAGACACCUGAACUAUAUAAGACACCCGUGACCUCCGAACUGGUCAAUACAUCCAACUUUGUCGAAGUUCGCCAACGAGUUACCGAUUAUGUCUGGCAAGUGAUCCGCAUUUGGCGCGAUUCGGAUGCCCUGGAGUUUGACUACGUUGUCGGUCCGAUACCUGUCGACGAUAAAGUAGGCAAAGAAAUCAUAUCCCGUUGGGAAACCAAUUUGACUACCAGUUCGCUGGUCUAUACGGAUGCCAACGGCCGACAAAUGUUGGAACGUCGGCGCGAUUUCAGGCCAACUUGGAAUAUGUCGGUAACGGAGGAAGUGGCCGAAAAUUACUAUCCGGUUAACUCGCGAAUAGCCAUCCGCGAUGUCAAACAAGACUUGCAGAUGACUGUCCUCAACGAUCGAUCGCAAGGCGGCGCCAGUCUUAAGGACGGUUCGCUCGAACUGAUGGUUCAUCGGCGCGAUCUAUACGACGAUGCGUUCGGUGUCGGCGAAGCACUGAACGAACCGGGAGUCGACGGCAAAGGACUGGUAAUUAGAGGCAAAUUUUGGCUACUGUUGACCAGUUUGGCCGAUGCGGCCGACGCACACCGUGAUCUAGCACAACGUAUACUAUCCGAACCGUCCUUGACGUUCGGUAAACUCGGAUCAACGACUCCCGAAGAUUAUCUGAAAAAACACAAGUGUCAGUAUACGGGUCUGGCGAAAGAGUUACCGAAAAAUGUCCAUUUGUUGACUGUUGAACAAUGGAAAGAUAGUCAACUGUUGGUACGUCUGGAACACUACUAUCAGACUAAUGAAUCCCGACAACUGUCCAAACCGGUAACGGUUUCGCUCAGGGAUAUGUUUGCACAGUUUACGGUUACCGAAGCUCGGGAGACAACACUGACCGGUACGUUGGAUGUUAAAGCAUUGGAUCAGCGAUUGAAAUGGAGGACCAGUGACGGCGAUAGAGAUGGCGGUCGAUAUGAGCCGAAUCGGGUAGCGUUUGAUCCGACAGAUUUGACCGUAACGUUGAAUCCGAUGGAAAUUCGGACAUUUAUUGUCAAAACAAAGUCCCGAUAAUUAUUCAAUAAUUAAUUAGUAAUAAUA